CCAGAGCACUACAGUUUCUUCCUCUCACACAGGAUUUUGAAGAAAACAGGUCAGUUUUCUGUCCUCUGUUUUUUCAUUUUAGAGUUUGCUUCAGCCAUGGGAAGAGAACAAAUGGGAGUGCUUAAUGCUAUUGAUGUCGCCAAGACUCAGUGGUACCAUUUCACAGCAAUUGUGAUUACUGGAAUGGGAUUCUUCACCGAUGCAUAUGAUCUUUUCAGCAUCUCCCUAGUCACCAAGUUGCUUGGCCGUAUAUAUUACUAUACUGAAGGGCAAGUAAAGCCAAGCACACUACCUAUAAAUGUCCUAGCUGCGGUCAAUGGUGUUGCACUAUGCGGCACUCUAGCGGGGCAACUCUUCUUUGGCUGGCUUGGAGACAAGAUGGGACGCAAAACAGUCUAUGGACUUACUCUGUUACUCAUGGUCCUUUGCUCUAUUGGCUCCGGACUCUCAUUUGGAAGGGACGCAAAGAAUCUACCAUCAUGUCUGAAUAUGCAAACAAACGGACUCGUGGCGCGUUUGAUGCCGCAGUUUUUUGCAAUGCAAGGAUUUGGGAUUUUAGCCGCCGGAAUUGUGUCUCUUGUUGUGUCUGCUGCAUUUAAUUCUGCAUUCCCAGCACCCACUUUCAAAGUCAAUACCAAACUUUCAACUGUGCCUGAAGCAGACUAUGUCUGGCGUAUAAUUGUAAUGUUUGGUGCCAACCCUGCUUCCCUUACUUACUACUGGCGAAUGAAGAUGCCUGAAACUGCUAGGUACACUGCCCUGGUCGCAAAGAACUUGAAACAGGCUGAUGCAGACAUGUCAAAGGUUUUGCAUGUGGAUCUUGAAGUAGAGCAGGGAAAAGGGGCCAACAUUGCUAACACUGAUAAGGGAAAUUCAUUUGGCUUGUUCUCCACGGAAUUUAUUCAGCGUCAUGGGCUUCACUUGAGUGGAACGACCACAACUUGGUUCCUCUUGGACAUUGCUUAUUACAGUCAAAAUCUUUAUCAAAAGGACAUCUUCCAUCUUCAUGUUUGCUUCGCCAUUCCUUACCAGCACUGGAAGUUGCACAAUCCUAUGGGGUUUCUAGGAAUGUACUCUCUGACGUUUUUCUUCGAGAAUUUUGGACCCAAUUCCACAACAUUUAUUGUCCCAGCAGAGAUCUUCCCUGCGAGGCUAAGGUCAACAUGCCAUGGGAUAUCAGCUGCAGCUGGGAAGGCAGGUGCCAUAGUUGGUGCAUUUGGGUUCUUAUAUGCUUCUCAGGACCCCCAACAGUCACUAAGAGAUAAUCCUAUGCACCCAAAAGGCCUAGGAAUGCAGCGUGCACUUCUUUUGCUCGGUUGUGUCAACGCCCUCGGAAUGUUGUUCACAAUCUUGGUGCCUGAACCAAAAGGAAAAUCACUUGAGGAGCUGUCUGGCGAGAGUGAGGCUGAAAAUGGUGCAAUGGAAAUGCACGACCGUCCAGCUCCUCCUGAGACCUAUCCUAUAUUCCUAUUGCAUCCCCACAAGUUUAGUUCACUCAUAUUUUGUUAGAUCGAAAAAUCAUUUCUUCCUCGGUCAUCAAAAUAUAAAACUAAGGUGCAUUAAAUAAAAAUCAUAGCAAAUCAGUAAUGAAUAUUUCUUACUCUUUUCACUUUCAGUUUCUUCUAAAGAUCAGUUGGAAGAAAGGAAGGAAUAGGCAUUUCUGAUUGCUAUGAUCUCUAUCUUUAUCUUUCCCCUACUUUGUAGUUGCCUUUGGGUUCUAAACUUAUAUAUGUGUUUCAGUAUAAACAGGCCCGAUAAGA